AUUCGGGUAUCGGACCUUACCCAAAUUCAGAUUCGGAGGGAAAAAGCGUCUCUUCAAAUUUAGGGUUCUCCGUUUCAUCGCCAUUUCCAACUACUCUCUCUCUCUCUCUCUCACACACACACACACACACACACACACAAAAUUCGUCCAGAUAACAGCCUUUUCUCCGAUUCCAUAGUUUCGCUAUACUCUUGAUUCUCCAGAUUUUCUGUUCUCUGAUUCCACAGUUUCUUGGAAAUUUUAGUUAUGGUCAGAGUCGUAAAGCGCGAACCUGGGGGUGGCAGCAUUAAUAAUACUAGUACUAGAAUAAACGCAGCAGAGAAUGGUGAAGCUGGAACUAGCGAUUCGGGACAUCAAGCCUCGAGCGAUCGCAGAGUCCUGCGUUCGCGAUACAUCGCUGUUAAAACCCUAAUUUCCGACAAAAGAGAUGAUAUUUCGAGGAUUGAUUCUGAUAACUUUAGCUCAAUUAUCAGCGAGGUGGAAAGCUUGCAUCACCUAGUGCAGAAACCAAGAGAACAAGUUGCAGAUGCAGAAGCGCUUUUGGACAUUACGAACACCCUGGUAACCUCUGUUAAGGCACAUGGUGAUGAAGGUGUUACCCCCUCAGAUUUUGUAACAGGUCUGGUUAGAGACUUCGGGCAGCAGGGUGCUGCAAGUAGUAGUGUGGAGGACACCAGGAACACAAUAGUUUGGAAGGAUAUUGGACUUGCUGUCUCACAUGUUUUUGGGACUGCUCAUGGGUGCUGCACAAUGCUUGGGCCUAUGAAUACUGAAUUGAAACAGCGGAAGGCUGCUGUUCAUAGAAAACGUGCAAGGCCAACAGAAAGUGCUCGGCCUGAAGAGGUUGAUGAUAUCGCUACAGAGGAAAGGACGGAUACUGAUAAGAAUAUGUAUGCUAUGUUUGAUAUAUUGAGGAAGAGUAAAAGAGUUAAACUUGAAAAUUUAGUGUUGAACAGAAACUCGUUUUCGCAAACAGUAGAGAAUUUAUUUGCUUUAUCGUUUCUGGUUAAAGAUGGGCGCGCCGAAAUAGCAGUCAAUGGGGAAGGGUGUCAUCUAGUGUCACCAAGGAAUGCUCCUGCUGCCAGUGCAGUUGCCUCAGGGGAGGUUUCUUACAGUCACUUUGUCUUCAGAUUUGACUUCAGGGAUUGGAAGUUGAUGAAGGAUUCUGUCAGAACAGGAGAGGAACUGAUGCCACAUAGGAAUCAAGCUGAGAUGCCGAGUGGUUCUCGAGCGGAUACAGAAUCUGGAGAAUGUCAUGCAGGAGGAGCUACAACACCAAUUAGGAAGCUGACGAGGAAUCGUGGACUUGUUUUACAGGAACAGGCAGUCGUCGAAGACUCACCUGAAAGUGAUGAUACUAAGGCAAGAGAUGCUGCCAUACGAAAGGGAAAGCGUAAGCUGGUGUGAAAUCGGUGUAGCUUUUGAGGUUCCAGUGGUUCCAUACUGUUUUCUGGAUACUCGGGAACUGCUUUUGUAAGUUAUUUAUCUUCAUUUCAAGCUGUCGGUUGAAAGAAGAGGCCAAGAAUUGUACGAGUUAUAAUGUUGUAAUUCUCAGUACAUAGGGCAGUGUAUUCUCUUCAUUCUCUUCCUUUAACACCUUUAAAUUUUUGUUUUGAGGUUCCACUUAAUAUGGCUGCCUUAAACAACUGUGUAAUUCCAAUUUAGUUAUUGCUGUGGCUCCUCAGUAAUGAACCUUUAGAACUGGUAAUUUAAACUUUUGUUUUGUAUUAUCACAUCUAUUCCCUUCAACUCUAUGCGAAGAUAGUUCAUGUAUAAGAUAAAAAUGUUUUCUUCUA